ACACCACGGGGUUUUUAGUCAUAGAUUAAAAACAAAAUACAACAGCUUUUGUAGGAUUAUAACUUUGCGUAGAAGUUUCCGUUUUGGUGUUCUCCGGUCGUUCGUGUAAAUAAACUUUGAUAGGGGAAAACAAACCAUUUUGGCACAUGAUUAAGCUUGGCUAGUCGUGUCAAGAUGGGGAAAAAGGUGGAAAAAAGUUUGACCAAGGACAAAAAUCCAUCUGCAAUCAACCAAGAUGAGGUGGAUUCAAACAAAGCUUUAGAUAUUAACAAACCAAAAAAUACAGAGCCCUACGUGUGUACAGGCAACUUCGGUGCAGAUUUUACUGAGCUAUGUCGCCGAGGCAACAUGUCGUACACGCCUCCAGUUCUGCCACGCCCGAAGCCCCCAGCCCCGGUCACACAGCAGGAGGCAAGCCCGGUUAAAGGGGCAGGCAAAGAUAAAGGGAAGGUUUCAGCAACACAACCAGAACCAGAAACAGAGGAAAACCAUGAUGAUGGAGAAUCAGCAGAUGCACUGCCAAAAACGUUUGCCUUGAAAGACAAGUUUGAGUAUUUCAAACCUUGCAUACAAGUGGAAAUGGAGGAAAAACAUGAAAUUGUGACCGAAAUUUUCAUCAGAGGUUGGAAAAUUGAUGUUCCCAUGAUGGACAUACUGACCCAGUGCUGGCAAUCUACAGACAAACUUCAUUCCAUCAAUUUAUGGAAUACGGGACUGAACAGUGAGACCCUCCACAUGUUGGCCAACAUCAUCCCAAACUGCCCCAACAUCAAGAAUGUCACUCUAGAUGGAAACACAGUCGAGGAUGAAAACUGGUUUGAACUUAUCGUUGAAGAGAGUCCGAUUCAGAAUUUAUCUUUGCGCCAUUGCGGAAUCACAGACAAGGGGGCAAUUAUGAUUGGUCGAUGCCUCGGUAGUGCCAAGAGGGGAAAUAAAACCCUGCUGUCCCUCAACCUCAGCAAUAACAAGAUUGGUGAUGAAGGUGUAAAAGAGAUUGCUCAGGGCUUGAGGUUGAACCGUACCCUGCUGUCCCUGUCACUGGCCAGCAACCACGUUGGAGAUCAGGGGGUCAUCAAACUGUCAGAGGUGUUGUCCAAGUUUCCACUGACACAUGAGGAGGUUGUAGAACGCAGGAGACAGCAGUCUGACAGGGCGUCACCGGACAGGAAUAAAUCUCCGCCAUUAAGCAGACGGGCGGACUCCAAGGAUCGCCCAGGUAGUGUACGCAGUAACACGCACGCUGACAAAAAGAAAAUGCCAAAUAUAUCAGCCAAGGGCAAGAAAGAUCCUAAAGGUGGCAAAGAAGAAAAAGAAGAAAAACAUGACAAAGCAGCAGCAAAGGGGGGAAAGAAAGAGAAAGAAGAAAAACCAGCGGCAAAGAAAGAUGGAAAAGGAAGAGAGACUCUUAAGGUGCCUCCUGGGCACGGCCAUAGGCCAAACAGUCCUAAACACGAGAGCAGCAGUAUUUUUGGUCCAAAGACUGGGGAGCCACACAUAUCAUGGAUUGGCAUGAUGCAGGUAGCAAGUCUUCUGACAGGCACAGGGUCAACUGUGGGAGGGCGCAACUCUGGAGAUCAGCUUUUGAAUGUCCCUAAUGGUGGUCCGCCUAGCCGACGGGCCUCUCUGGCCCCGGACGCAAAGGGCAAGAAAGGGGGCAAGCCAGUAAAGGGGCAGGGGAAGGCUACUGCACAGGAGCUGGAGACCUCAGACAGUCCAGAGUUCAUCAAUCCACUUCUGGAGGGUGGUGAUGUUAUUGAUGGCCAGCUAUGGGUCGCAGGCAACCGAGUGCUUAUCAACCUUAAUCUCUCUAGGAACAAUGUGGGCGAGCACGGUCUAUCUGCGCUGUUGACGGCCUUGAAAUACCAGCGAAGUAUUGUCAUGGACAGUCACAGCAGCGGCACAGGGCUCAUGAGGCUGCUAGUUGGGCGAAGCAGACACGAACUGAAUAGCCUCAGCAAGCUGCGCCGGGAACACGAGCAGGAGCUGGUACACACGAUCAACGACUACAUGCUUCCCAAGGACCCCUUCUACAAGCCUCCACCCGCCACGCCCGAUGUCACUGACUCUUAAUUGAUAACUGAUACUCAACUUUCUUGAAUUAUUACAAAACAUUUUACCGUUUUUCAAGAAUGUAUAAGAUGAUAACGUUUCCACUCUAAAAUUAUUUAUUAUUCUUUUUUCGUUUGUUUAAAAAAUAUAAUUCUGAGUAUCUUGAUAUCACAAUAUAACCAGCCACGCCCUUUGUUAAUGCCUUUUAAUUGAUACUCAACUGACUUUGAAUAUUACAAAAUAAAAACUUGCACAUGUUUUCAAGACUUUUUAAGAUGAUUACUUUUGCACUCAAAAAUUGUUAUUUUUGUGUUAGUUCAAAAUAUAUUUUUCUAGGGAACUUUAUAUCACCAUAUUAAUACAAAGAUGAUAAAUACAACUUAAGAGUUUACCCAGUUUCAAGACUUUAUGUUGAAAAUUAAUAGUGCCAAUACAGUGACUAUAGGUAUUACUUUUACCUUAGUUCAACAUAAUUAAUUUGAAAGGACCUCUAUAACUCCAUAGUAUUAAAGGUAAAGGAUCCAAGUCUAUUUGUUUUCUUUAACUGGUUUUAACAGAUUUUAUUCACAAGGACCUUUAUAAUACAGGACCAUAAUGGUACAUGGAUUUAAAUUUCCAGGUAGAAUUGAACCCGUAUUCUUUCCAGGAACCUUUCUUUUGCAUAAGCAUUUGAGUCUGAUUUAACAAAUUGUUACUGAUCAAUAUUUAAGUUGUUAUGUAAAGAGCGACUUACAAUUAUUCGUAUUUAUCUCUGUGAUAUUUUUGUGAUUAUUUUUUGUAUGUUUGAAUUCUAUUUCAAAUGUUUCAAAUGAUUAAAAAAAAUAAAUAAUUCAAUUACCA